GUGUGAACGAGAGUACUUCAUCGGUAUCUCCUGCCAAUGCUCACGCUUCCACUGGGUACUCUAAUUCUUGUGGUCCCGGCACGCCCACGUUGCUCAGACGUGCUGCUGUACCGCAGUCCCUCGUCAGUGACCUCGAAGACACCCAACGCAUAUGUGAACACCAGCUUGCAGUAAAGCGCGAGCUCCAUCUGAAGGACCAUAAAGUUGCUAUCAACGUGCCGGUGCUGCCCGUCAUUAGUCGAAGUAUUCACAGCCCUGCACG